AUGAUUGGAGAAAAGCCUUGCCCUUAUAGAAUUAUUGACGAUAUUGGAGGUGCCUAUUCAAUGGGUGCUUUUGCUGGUUGCAUCAUGUAUUUCAUUAAAGGUAUGUAUUACGCCCCUUCUUCUGAACGUUUCUCCCAGGGAUUCGAUCUUCUUAGAAAAAGAGCCCCUAUUUUAGGAGGUAAUUUCGCUAUGUGGGGUGCUUUGUUCACAAUUUCAGAAUGCGGAUUGAUUCAUGUUAGAUAAGUAGAAGAUAACUGGAAUAAAGUUGCUGGUGGUUUCAUUACCGGUGCAAUGUUAUCAAUUAGAGGUGGAUAUAGAUAGGCACUCUAGUAAGGUAUUUUUGGUGGCAUAUUUUUAGGGUGCUUCGCAUUUAUUGAAAUGGCUAUGAUGAAGAUGUAGAGAAAAGCCUAAUUAUAACAAAUGGAACAUGACUUAAAUAUGUAGAUGGAAUAAUAACUUAGUUAAUUAAAAGAAUAAAGACCAGAUAUAUACGCUGAAAUUGAAAGAUAAUAAGAAUUAAGAAAGAAAAGAACCCAAGAUUAAACCUCAAAUAAUAACAGUGGAAAGGUCUUAGCUUUCUCUUGA